UCUGAUCCAAUUCGCAGCAUAUAGUAUAUAUAAAAAUGGCGGGAGAAGGAGAGAAGGCUCACAACGCGGCGCCGCAGAUCAACCCGUAUGGGCGCGUGGACGAGGAGGUGGCCGCGGUGGCCCAAAGAGACGCGCGGCGGAGGAAGCGGAUCAAGUGCUUCGCCUACAUUGCCGCCUUCGUCGUGUUCCAGGCCGCCGUAAUCCUCAUCUUCGGCCUCACAAUCAUGAAGUUCCGGACUCCCAGACUCCGCGUCAGAUCCGCCGCCUUCGACGGCGCAUUCACCGUCGUUGAAUCCGGCGCCACGCCGUCCUUCGAGAUGAGGAUGGUGGCGGAGCUCGGCGUCAAGAACGCCAACUUCGGGCGAUACAAGUACCAAAACGGCACCGUCGAGUUCUACUACGGCGCCACCAAGGUCGGGGAGGCCUUAAUCCCUCGUGCAACCGCCAAGGCGAGAUCCACUAGGAAAUUCAAUGUCACCGUCGAUUUGUCUUCCGCCAACGUCCCCAUCGGAGAGCUGACGUCGCAGUUCGGAAGCACGCCGGGCGUGAUUCCGUUGACGAGCAGAGCUACCGUGAGGGGAAAGGUGGAGAUCAUGAGAAUUAUGAAGAAGAACAAGUCGGCUAACAUGAAUUGCACUAUGCAGAUUGAUGUGCAGUCCAGGCAGCUUCGCUCCUUCUCUUGCAGAUGAUUUUAUUGCUUUUUUUGUGCGAUUCAUUUCAUUUCUGUGAUUUUUUGUGUGCACUGUUCUUUUAUUAUUCUAAUUAUUAAUGACGUAUACUAUUACCGUUACAUAUGAAUAAAUAUAAUGUUUCUAA